AGAGCCCAAAUUUCUCAUAUAGCUUGCCAGUCAACUUAAUAAAUGAUUUUAAAUGUAUGUACUUUAAGCUGUUACGGCUAUGUAUAAAGUUAACAUACAUAAUAUGUUUACGGUUUUGGAUUAUUGACUAGGUUUGAAGGCUGAGUCGUCGUAGAUAGGUUAUUGUUUGUACAAAAAGUAUUGUGUAAUUUAAAUAUCACGAGUUAUGAUUAUUUUUAUAACUUCACUUGCAAUGGAUUUUCGAGAUGAAAACGUAACCGAGCGCGUUUUUAGACAGUACUCGAUACUAAAUAUUAAUUUUUUUCCCUUCAAGUAGCCACACUGAAACGUUUCGCUCUAUGCACGUUCCGUGUGAUAACAACCACCUCUGUUAUCACAUCACGCUUUUGAAAUCACAACUUCGUUAUCAACAUUCAGCUUAUCAUUACCGCCGACAUUCUCACGUGCAGUCUGCAGCAACUGAUUUGCUUCUCUUCUGUUAUAUUUUUUUGUAUUUGUUUAUGUAGGUAUAAUGUAAAAUUAUUUUUAUUCAUUAUUAUUAUCGGUCAUCUCUUAUGUAUAUUAUUAAAUAAAGAGCUGUAAUAAUGAACGUUCUCUGUAGUAAACAUAUAUUAAUUUUCAUCACAGAAAUCCUAGAAUAAGAUUACCUAAUUCAAUUUAUUCCUUUUAACCGAAUCGCUGCUUGUUAAAAAAAAUCAAAUAUGGUCAAGGAGCAGUAUAGAGACACGGACGGAUCACGUAUUAUAUCAAAAAUCAGUUUUACCGUCGACAGUCCUCAAGACAUUCAAAGAAAAUCUCAUAUUUGCGUCAACACUAGAAAUCUUUACGCCGUAAACAAUAGCACCGCUUCCCGCACCCCUCAUCCGUUCGGCGUACUUGAUCACAAACUGGGUGUAAACCAAAAAGAUGCCACAUGCCAGACGUGCAAUAAAGGACUCAACGAUUGUCCCGGACAUUUGGGAUUUAUAGACUUACAGUUACCGGUCUUUCAUGUAGGAUUUUUCAGUUCAGUCAUUACAAUACUGCAGACAAUUUGUAAAAAUCCAUUUUGCGCUAAAGUGUUGCUUAGUGAAGAGGACAGAAUGUUGUUUUAUACGAAACUUAGGAAUAAGAAUUUAACAUAUACCAUGCGAAAAAAAGUUUUCAAAGAAGUGCAUGCCAAAGCCAAAAAAGUACAAAUUUGUCCAUUUUGUAACGACAUUGUUGGACAGGUAAAAAAAAAUGGUAUUUUGAAGAUAUCCUAUGAUCGAUAUCGAUAUAAAAAACCGGGUGCCGAAGCUGAAAGCAAAUUAUGUGCUUUGAACGAUGUGGUCAAGUUCAACAAGGAAGUCGAAUCCAUGAGAAACUAUUUGUUUAAUGAAAGUUUAAACCCUCAAGAAGUAUUGCGCUUACUGUUAUCCAUACCGUACGAAGACGUUAUACUACUGGGCAUGAAUCCUGAACUAUCGAAUCCUGGCUGGUUGUUAAUGACUCGAAUGCUAGUUCCUCCAAACUGUAUUCGGCCGUCUGCAGUUUCCGAUAUCCGUUCCGGAACGAAUGAAGACGAUCUGACAUUAAAACUAUCUGAAGUGUUGUUUAUAAAUGAAGUUAUUGUCAAACACAAACAGUCUGGUGCAAAACCUCAGUUGUUGCACGAGGACUGGGAGUACCUUCAGUUACAUUGUGCUUUGUACAUUAAUAGUGAUUUGUCAGGUGUUUCACGGACAAUGAUGCCGAAAAAAAUCGCGCGAGGAUGUGUACAACGUUUAAAAGGUAAACACGGCCGAUUUAGAGGCAAUUUAUCCGGCAAAAGAGUCGAUUUCACUGCUCGAUCUGUAAUAUCGCCGGAUCCUAAUCUCCGAAUUGAUGAAGUGGGCGUUCCGGUUCGGAUGGCUAAGAUUUUGACGUAUCCUCAAAAAGUGUGUCCAGCUAACAUAGAACUAAUGAGAAAGCUAGUCAUGAACGGUCCGGAAAUCCAUCCGGGGGCUAAUUUUGUCGAACUUCAAGGUUCAAAGUUGAAAAAAUAUUUGCGGUUCGGCAACAGACCGGCCAUAGCUAAAGACUUAAAGAUAGGAGAUAUUGUCGAACGACAUCUGGCCGACGGCGAUAUAGUGUUGUUCAAUCGGCAACCUAGUCUUCAUCGAUUAAGUAUUAUGUGUCACCGAGCAAAAGUUUUGGAACACAACACUUUACGGUUUAACGAAUGUGUUUGUACGCCUUACAAUGCAGAUUUCGACGGGGAUGAAAUGAACUUACAUUUGCCACAAACCGAAGAAGCUAGAGCUGAAGCCGGCCUGCUCAUGAUUAACAAAUCCAAUUUGGUGACUCCGAGAAACGGUGAUAUUCUUAUUGCCGCAACUCAAGAUUUCAUUACGGGCGCAUAUUUAUUAACACACAAAAAUACUUUUCUCAACCGCAGAGACGCCAGUAGAUUGAUCGGUUGGUUAAUGUCUGGCGACGACGUCAAUAUUAAUUUAACGUUACCGCCUCCAGCUAUCUAUAAGCCUUACAAACUGUGGACUGGCAAACAAAUAUUCAGUAUAAUUAUGAGACCGAGUAUAAAUUGCCCCGUCAAAGCAAAUUUACAAUGCAAAGGAAGAUCGUACACGCAUGAUAAUGAGUUUUGCUAUAGAGACUCGUACGUUUAUAUAAGAAACUCGGAACUGCUUGCGGGCACGAUGGACAAAGCGACUUUGGGUUCGGGCAGCAAGUCCAAUAUAUUUUAUAUUUUGUUGGCCGAUUGGGGAUCAGACACUUGUUGUAAAGUAAUGUGGCGGUUAACACGCCUCACUUCGUACUUUUUGAUGUUAAGAGGAUUUUCCAUCGGCAUCGGCGACGUGACACCUAGUGACGAAUUACUUAAAUCAAAAAAUGAACUUGUUAUAAAUGGGAACGCAAAGUGCGAAGAAAAUAUCCGAUUGAGAAACACAAAGGAAUUGAAAUGUCAACCCGGUUGUAAUAUGGACGAAACGUUGGAGGCCAAUAUUUUGAAGCAGUUGUCUGGAAUUCGAGAUUCUGUCGGUAAAGCCUGUCUACAAGAACUUCAUUUUACCAACGGGCCGUUGGUUAUGGCUCUUUCCGGAUCUAAAGGAUCAAAUAUUAACAUAUCCCAAAUGAUUGCUUGCGUCGGUCAGCAAGCUUUAAGCGGACAUCGUGUGCCGGAUGGGUUUGAAUCUCGAUCGUUGCCACAUUUCAAACGAUUUUCCAAAACUCCAGAAGCCAAAGGAUUUGUGGAGAAUAGUUUUUAUUCCGGUUUGACGCCAACAGAGUUUUUCUUCCACACUAUGGGUGGCCGCGAAGGUCUAGUCGAUACAGCGGUUAAAACUGCCGAAACCGGAUACAUGCAACGGAGGCUUGUUAAGUCUUUAGAAGAUUUGUGUGUUCAUUAUGACAAUACGGUACGUAAUGCUUUUGGAGAUGUUAUACAAUUUGAAUUUGGCGGUGACAGUUUGGAUCCAACCUAUACAGAAGGCGAUGGGGUUCCCGUUGAUCUCAAACGAGUUUACUCCAACGUUACUGCAAACUAUCCAUGUUACGAUGAGUGUACGUUGGACGCUGACGAUAUUUUAAAAAUAACCGAAGACGUAUUGGCAUCAGAUAGUUUUGUGGGCACGAGUAAAGUGUUUGUCGAAGAAUUAAGGAAUUUCGGAAAACAACUAUCAAAAUGUAUGGCAGAAGUCAGAAAACAAUGGCUAAAUUUGGAAAUUUCCAAAGUCAAACGUAUUACCUCUACACAAUUAAUCAAGUUCUACAUGACUUGUCUUUCGAAAUACAUGGCCGCAGUUAUUGAACCGGGAACACCGGUCGGAGCGAUCGCCGCUCAAAGUAUUGGUGAGCCUGGUACUCAAAUGACAUUGAAAACGUUUCACUUUGCCGGUGUUGCUUCAAUGAACAUUACCCAGGGAGUUCCUAGAAUUAAAGAAAUCAUAAACUCUAGUAAAAAUAUUAGUACGCCUAUCAUCACGGCUUACUUGGAAAACGACAAAGAUAAAGAAUUUGCGAGGAUCGUCAAGGGUCGUAUCGAACAAACUAAUUUGACCGAAGUUUGUAGUUAUGUCGAUGUGGUUUUGGAAAGCAGCGAAUGUUAUCUUUUGGUUCACGUCGACAUGAAUCGAAUAAAACUCUUACAGUUGGAGGUCACCAUUGAAACCAUUAGAGACAGCAUCCUGACAACACCUCGUAUCGGAAUCAAAGCCAAUCAAGUAAACAUUGAUAACGAUUCGUCCAUUAGUAUAUCGUUGCCGUCGAAAGGUAAUCAAACUAUCAGCGGUUGGAUAAAUUUGUACAUGCAAAAUUUACAAAAAGUCAUAAUUAAGGGUAUAAGCCAAGUCUCCAGGGCUGUUAUUCACGAAGAAGACGAAGGCGACGAAACACGUUAUAAACUUCUUGUCGAAGGGGACAACUUGCGAGAAGUAAUGGCCACGCCCGGAGUGAUUGGUAAAAAAUGUACCAGCAACAACACGUUCCAAGUGUGGAACGCACUCGGCAUAGAAGCCGCCAGGGGGACGAUCAUAUCUGAAAUCGAUAGCGUAAUGAGUAAUCACGGGAUAUCCAUCGACCCGAGGCAUCCUAUGCUUAUUGCCGAUCUGAUGACUAGUCGAGGUGAACUGUUGGGUAUCACACGUUUUGGAUUGUCCAAAAUGAAAGAGUCCGUUCUCAAUCUAGCUUCGUUUGAAAAAACGUCCGAUCAUUUAUUCGAUGCCGCUUAUUACGGACAGACUGAUACGAUAAACGGAGUGUCCGAGAGUAUCAUCAUGGGUAUACCAGUCAACUUGGGAACAGGAUUCUUUAAAAUGGUUUACAAGACCAAGAACAAUACCGCAGAUUUGCUGAAACAAUCGUUCUUGUUCGACAAUCCGGAACUACACGAGAAAGAAUGCCAUUGGCUGUGAAGUGUCGACGUUAAUUGGUUAUAUAAUAUUUUUAAUAAAUGACCUUUGUCAAACGA